AUGAGUUCAAACGAAGAACAACGCUAUGGAGCAAUGCAGAAAGAAAAUGAUUACACUUACUUCAAUCCAAAACCAAAACCUUCAAAACACUUCUUCAAAUCCACGCCUUCAUUCUCCGUAAUUCUCUUCACAACAAUCUCAACCUCCUCACUAACUUCAUCUCAUCUUCCACUUCCCUCGCUUCCUCUUCCUCUCGCAAACACGACGCCGUUUCAAUCGUCCAACACGCUCACCAGACUUUUUAGAGGGACUUUUGUUGCUAGUUCUUAUACUUUUACUUCGGUUUUAAAGGGUUAUGGUGUUUGUAUGGCUUUGAGAGAAGGUUUGGAGUUUGGUUUUUUGGGUAGUGCUAGGAAGGUGUUUGAUGAAAUGUCUGUGAGAAGUUUGGUUUCUUGGACUGCUGUUAUUGUAGGGUAUGCUAGGUGUGGGGAUAUGAGUGAGGCCAGGAAGCUUUUUGAUGUUAUACCUGAUAGAGAUAUUGCUGCUUUUAAUGUUAUGAUUGAUGGUAUGGUUCAUGGUUAUUGUGAGGAUGGUGAUGUUGUGGCGGCUAGGUUUAUGUUUGAUCGUAUGCCUAUCAAGAAUGUGCUUAGUUGGAAUGCGAUGAUUAGGGGAUAUUGUGAUAAUAGACGACCGCGCGAUGCGUUGAAGUUGUUUUGCGAAAUGAGGGGAAGUUUGGAUGUGGAAAUGAAUAAAGUGACGAAAAACGGAAACAUUUUCCUCCUUACCAUGCAAAACGUUUUUCUUCUCCUUUCUAUCUCUGUUUCGAAAACAAGUGUUGGGGGGUUUCGAAAAACCGCAAACAUAAACUACCAUUUCUUCUAG